GAAGAUAAAUAAGGUUAUUUUCGGUUGAGCAAAGCGAAUUAGAAAAUAACAUUGAAUUGUUUGUGAAAUGCUCGUUUUGUGAAACCGUCCCGACUCACUUUUUCCAUAUAAAGGUUAGGUUUAAAAAGUACACAAGACUUAUAUAAACUUCUUUCUUAACGAACUCAAUGAUAUCAAGUUGCUUUUAUUUUAUUUUUAUAACCUCUACAAUAACUUUGGAAGAUUAUUACAGAAAUAGACUUCUUACUCAUUAUCAAAAUAAAAAAAACUAAAAAAAACUGAUGGUGUAAAUCUAUUUUUCAUUUAGACUGAAGUUCUAUACCCUCUCUCUUAUAAAUCUCUUUCAUGACAGAACUUUCAUCACACACAUUUCAAAUCAUAUUUGAAAAUAGGAUAUGCGCUAUCGUCCGUCAUGACUGCACACAGGACUACGCGAGAAAAAUGUCGCAUGGCGAAUUACGCCUUUAUGGAGAACAUCACGGCCAUGAAGCAGGAGAUUGAACAGCUUCACAAAUCUUUGUUUAUGACUUUCUCUGACAAAUUUGACUUACAAAGCAAGAUGGCGGCAUACGAGCGCAGCGUGGAGGAGCGAAACAAGCUCUUUGCAUCACAACUUGCGGACGUUAUUUACCUGAUUGAGUAUCAUAUAGAGCAAAUCGUCAUGGAAACGAGAUGCUUUUACUUUCGUCGCAACACAGUAAAACAGAAGGUUCAAAUGUUGUGUAAAGUGCGCACUCAGUUGAAGAAUUUACAUUCUACAAUGUUCCCCCCUGGCAUGGAAAAUCAUAAACUCUCCACUAACUUCGAUACGUUUGAAACCAUGAGGGCUUACUUUGUUUAA